UGGCAUACAAGUCAAGGUCAAUCAGUCUGUCAUCUAUACCAACAGUGCCUCUCUGUGCUCAAACCGAAUUUUGAUCUCACCUUCUUCCACGGCUCUGCAAGCCAUUCACCGUCGAUCUGCAGGUCUCUUUACAAAUGGGCUUUCAAUUUCAUCAGUUGCUUGAUUUCAGACCUCCGAUUUGAGAUGCAGCCAAGCAGUUUCUCUGUACCACCACUUGCUCUCAUUCCACUCGCUUUGAAUCACGGAAAUUUGAGUCCUGAAGGUUUCGAGAUUUAUAGGUUUUUGUUCUUAGGUUCGCUUCUGUUAUCUCCAGGAGGAGGCAGCUGCGAUAACGGUGGUGGUAUGGAUUUGUCAAAGGUUGGUGAGAAGUUUCUCAGUUCAGUACGCUCCGCGAGAUCUCUCGGCUUUCUUCCUUCGACUUCCGAUCGUACUGAGGUUCCAGCACGGGCUGCAGCUGCAGCAACUAUAGCUCGUGCACUUGCUUCAAUCCCUCCACAUCAUAGACAAAAUAUCUCUUCAAGCUCUGAACAGCUGAGUUCUAUAUAUGGAAGUGAACAUCGUGAUCAAGUACUGGAAGAGCUUGAGGAGGAAUUUUAUGAAGAGGAGUUUGAUCCUGUUCGACACGCCCUAGAGAAUAUUCCAUCCGAAGAAAAUGAUCAUGCAUAUUUUGAGAGGAAGGCUUCUCUUAGAUUAUUACAACUGGAUAAAGUAACAGAAAGUUUGUCUCGCCAAGUGAUGGAGCACCACGAAGUAAUGGUGAAAGGAAUGGAUUUGGUAGGCGAGCUGGAGAAAGACUUGAAGAUUGCAAAUGUCAUUUGCAUGAAUGGACGAAGACACCUCACUUCUUCAAGGAAUGAAGUAUCGAGGGACCUUAUUGUUAACACAAGUUCUAGAAGGAAACAAACUCUUCUGGAAGUGCUUCUAGUUUUGAAAGAGCUUCGUCGUGCAAAGCACAUGCAAAUAGAACUUGAAACCCAUGUUAAUGAAGAUAAUUUCUUUAAGGCAUUCCAGGUCCUGUCCGAGUAUCUUCAACUUCUGGAUAGCUUAUCUGAGCUUUCAGCUAUACAAGAGAUGAGCCGUGGUGUGGAGAUUUGGCUGGGAAAAGCUCUACAGAAGCUGGAUUCACUUCUAUUGGGAGUGUGCCAAGAUUUCAAAGAAACUAGCUUUUUGACUGUCGUUGAUGCUUAUGCAUUGAUUGGUGAUGUUUCUGGUCUUGCUGAAAAGAUACAAAGCUUCUUUAUGCAGGAGGUCAUAUCUGGAACCCAUGCAGUCCUUAAGAGCAUUGUGCUAGAGGAUCUAGAAGCUGCUGAAAUGCAAAGCACCAGGCUUACAUACAGUGAUCUUUGCACUCGGAUACCUGAAUCUAAGUACAGGCAGUGUUUGUUGGAGACUCUAGCUGUCCUCUUCAAGUUGAUGUGCUCGUAUUACACAAUUAUGAGUUUCCAUUCAGAGUAUAAGGUUCCAAUGGGCCAAGUAUCACAUGAGGUGCAGAAACAAGCUGACGAAACAGGAUCUUCCAAGAAUGUUCAACAAGCUGGUUCAUUAUCACAAUAUUCUUGUAGUUCCGAGGUGGAUGUUGGUUUUCCCUCUCAAUCCUUCCAACGAGAGCCCAAUUUAGCUUCAAUGGAGGAACCUUUGACAUCUGCUAUCAUAUUCUCUGAUGAAAGUGGAACUGGCAGCUUUAUCCCUCAUGAUCCGUCUGGUUCAGAAUCAAGGGAUGAUGGGGGUGGAGCUUCAAGCAGUGGAUCCCCAUGGUUUCAGCUGCGAAAUGAUGCCACAGUAUUUGUUUCAGAGACAUUACAGAGAGGUCGCAAUUAUCUUUGGCAACUUGCAACAAGCCGUGUGUCAGUAUUGCUCUCAUCUGCUGCAGUAUCUUCUGCUAGCAUCCACCAGUUUUUAAAAAUAUAUGAAGAUCUCAAUAUCUUCAUCUUGGCUGGGGAAGCUUUUUGUGGGGCUGAAGCAGUUGAGUUUAGGCAGAAAGUGAAAGCUUUUUGUGAAAACUAUUAUAUUGCUUUUCACAGACAAAAUAUACAUGCCCUUAAAAUGGUUUUGGAAAGAGAGAGUUGGUCCAUGCUGUCACCAGAGACAAUUCAGGUAGUGAGUUUUGCGGGUCUUGUUGGUGAUGGAGCUGCAUUGAUAAGUCAAACUGCUACCUCCUCCACUCGAAAUUCCCACAAGUCAGCUGAUUUGAUGAAAACUGGCCCUAAGCAAGGUGUAUUCUUCCAUUGGAUUAGAAGUGGGAAUCCAUUUUGUUCACGAUAUGAUUCAAAAUGUGAUGGUUCCCCUUUGCAUGGUGUGUCGGCAGUCUCCGAAGAACCCAACGGAAAAAUCAAUGGGGCAUCUCACAGAAAUAAUUCUUCACAUAAUAGUGAUGCAAAUCAUAGUAAUGGUCAUGCUGAUGCUUCAGAAGAUGAAAACGAAGAUCUUCUUGCAGAUUUUAUUGAUGAGGAUAGUCAACUACCUACCCGUAACUUUAAGCCCAAACAUUCAAGCAAUCACUCGUUACCUUGGAGCUCUGAAGAUACAAGAGCGCACACAGGAUCAUCAAUUUGUGUCCUAAGGUUGAUGGAUAAAUAUGCAAGGCUAAUGCAAAGAUUAGAGAUAAUCAAUGUCGAGUUAUUUAAGGGGAUAUGCCAGUUGUUUGGGAUCUUUUUCUAUUUUAUUUUUGAAAGCUUUGGUCAUCAGAACACCAAUCCUAGUGGAAAAGGGAAUAACGAGGCUCUUACUUAUAGGCUGAAAACAGCCUUAUCCAGAAUAUUUCAAGAUUGCAGUCAAUGGAUAACGUCAUCAUCUUCUUCAGACAAUUUCUUUCCACACGCACCUUUGAACAUGCCAUUUUCUCACAUGGACAUCACACCCACUAGUCCACCCAGUGCAAAUUCUAGUCAUAUACCUGGCACCUCUUUUGGACUCAAGGAAAGAUGUGCAGGAGCUGACACCAUAUCUCUUGUUGCCCACUUAAUGUAUAAAUUUAAGGCUCAUCUUCAAUCAAUACUUCUGACCAAUAAUGCAACAGUGCUUGAAGAAUUUUAUUUGCAUGUGGUGGAUUCGGUGCCAGAUCUCACAGAGCAAAUACAUAGAACGACAGCAAAGUUACUUUUUCAUAUUAGUGGGUAUGCGGAUCGAAUUGCCAGUGCUAAAUGGGAAGUUAAAGAGCUUGGAAUGGAACAUAAUGGGUAUGUUGACCUGUUAUUGGGAGAAUUUAAGCACUACAAAACAAGGCUCGCUCAUGGAGGUAUUCGGACGGAGGUUCAAGAUCUCCUAAUAGAGUACGGACUUGAAACUAUUUCUGAAACUCUCAUCGAAGGACUCUCAAGAGUGAAACGGUGUUCUGAUGAGGGUCGAGCCCUAAUGUUAUUGGAUCUUCAGGUUUUGAUCAAUGGCCUUCAGCAUUUUGUCACGAUUAAUGUUAAGCCAAAAUUAUACGCAGUCGAAACUUUUAUUAAGGCAUAUUACCUUCCAGAAACUGAAUAUGUACAUUGGGCACGUGCUCAUCCGGAAUACACGAAAAGCCAAAUGGCGGGGCUGAUCAACCUCGUGGCUACAAUGAAAGGUUGGAAAAGGAAGACCAGAUUGGAAGUUUUGGAAAAGAUAGAGUCAGGAGGCUUGUAGUUGUAGCUAGCUUUCAAAUGUUUUGGUUUUCUUAUGUUGUGGUAUCAUGUGUGUAAAUGUUUUAAUAUAAACAGCUUCCCUGUUAAGGGUUUGCUGAAUUGUGAUUUUAAGAUAUCUGUAAAUGAUGUUCAAAAUGGAUUACAGUAACCUUUUCAUGAUUCAAAUAAUUAUAAAUCAUUUUUCUCCGUAGUUGCUGUAAACUCGGAGCAA